UAGAAUUUUAUGAAUAUGAUGACACAUAAGAUGACACUGGUUUUAAUAUAGUUAAAUAGACAGAUGUUAGAUCAAAAAAAAUUUAAUAAUGUACACAGCCGGAAUGUUUCAUUUAAAAACUGAAAUCAAGGAAUCAAAAAAAUGUCAAAUCCUCAUAUACAAACAUCAAUAUAAAACACUCUCAUAUCAGGAUAUUCCAGAACCUGAAAAAUAAAGUCUUGAACCAUGACUAUUGUUCUCCUUGUUGCUCUCCUCUUACUCGUCCCAAUUCUCUUUCUGCUAAAAAGAACCAAACCAUCCAAAAGGGUCCCUCCAGGUUCACUUGGAAUUCCCAUUAUUGGUCAACGUCUUGGCCUUCUUCGAGCUAUGCGCGUCAUCACAGCAGAAAAAUGGAUUGAAGACAGAACCAACAAGUAUGGUCCUAUUUCAAAGCUAAGCCUAUUUGGAAAACUAACUGUUUUGAUUCAUGGACAGGCUGCAAAUAAGUUUAUAUUCACCGAUGACGGUGACAGUAUUGUUAACCAGCAAACACGGUCUGUUAAGAUGAUAUUAGGUGACAGGAACUUGUUGGAGCUGAGUGGCAAAGGUCAUAGUAGAGUUAGAGGUGCACUUGUCUCAUUCUUGAAGCCAGAAUCUUUAAAACAAUAUGUUGGUAAAAUUGAUGAAGAAGUUAGGAGUCACAUUCUGAUGCAUUGGGAAGGGAAGCAGCAGAUCAAGGUAUUGCCGCUGAUGAAGACUCUCACAUUCAACAUAAUUUGUUCUCUUCUGUUUGGUCUUGAGAGUGGAAAACAAAGAGAUCAAUUCAUGAAUCCCUUCCAAGCAAUGAUGAAAGGAAUGUUGUCUGUCCCAAUUAAUAUACCCUUCACGCGCUACAACCGCAGCCUCAAGGCAACUGCAAAGAUCCAAAACAUGUUGAAGGAGAUUUGACAACAAUCCCGCCAAGACUUAAUCAGUUGCUUGCUUAACAUGGUUGAAGAUGACAAACAAGUUUUAACUGAGAAGGAAAUCAUCCAUAAUGCUGUGCUUGUCAUGGUCGCAGGACAUGACACAUCGUCUGUUCUAAUCACUUUCAUUAUCCGGCUAUUGGCUAAUGAACCAGCUAUUUGUGCAGCUGUUUUUCAAGAACAGGAAGAGAUAGCAAAAGGCAAGCUUUUAGGAGAGCCUCUGACAUGGGAAGAUCUUUCAAAGAUGAAGUACACUUGGAGAGUAGCAAUGGAAACUCUGAGAAUGUUUCCUCCCAUCUUUGGUGGCUUCAGAAAAGCGGCAACCGAUAUUAAAUAUGGUGGAUACAUUAUACCCAAAGGGUGGCAGAUCUUCUGGGUUACAUCAAUGACUCACAUGGACAACAACAUUUUCCCAGAACCGUCAAAGUUUGAUCCGAGUAGAUUCGAAAACCAAGCAUCUACACCACCCUAUUGCUUUGUUCCAUUUGGAGGGGGAACAAGAAUAUGUCCAGGAUAUGUGUUUGCUAGGGUUGAAACUCUUGUGACAAUUCAUUACCUUGUGACUAAGUUCAUUUGGAAGCUACUUUCAGACAAUUCUUUCAGCAGGGAUCCAAUGCCAACGCCAACUCAAGGCCUACUGGUUGAACUUUGCUCGAGGAAACUAUCUUAA